CCUUACAAGUCGGCAAGUACACCAGGAAGAUGGUCCUUCACACCAUGACAGAGGUCACCGUCCUCUCAGGCGUCUCUCAUCCGUGUCUUGUUGGCUAUGUCGAGUCGUUUGCCGCGGACGCCAGCACCGUUGUCAUUGUCAUGGAGCAUGUCGCCGGUGGCGACUUGACCCAUGCUGUCGAUGCUCUUGCUCCGUCGCCGCAAUCUUCCCCACCUCAUCCUCCGCUCUCGCCCAUUGCUGUGGUGGAUGUUCUCGUGCAAACCGCUCUUGCACUGGCCUACAUUCACUCGCGUGGCAUUGUCCAUCGCGACGUCAAGGCCGACAACGUCUUCCUCACCCCCGACGGCGGCAUCAAGCUCGGCGACUUUGGGCUAGCCUUUGUGGCCUCGGACUCCGGCGACGACUCCCUCUCGCCAUCAGCCUCAGACUCCGAGUCAACGCCCGGGCUCCGUGUUGUCCCCUCAGGCAUGCUCGGCACGCCUCUUAAUCUGGCUCCCGAGAUCACGCAGGGCCUCGAGUAUGGCGCCCCUGCCGAUGUCUGGGCGCUUGGCUGCCUCCUCCACCAGCUCACCACUGGUCGUCCAGCAUUUGUCGCCGACAACUUUCACCUUUUGCGCCGGGCGAUCAACAAAGGCCCGACGCCGCGGCUGCCCAAGCCCCUUGCUCCGCUCCAGCCUGUUCUCGACGGCUGCCUCGCCAAGGAUCCUACUGAUCGGCUCUCGGCCGGCGAGCUCCUGAUGCUGCCACUGAUGGCGCACAGAGCCGCCGUCUACUCCGAUUGGACCGAAGACUCACUGCCUCAGCUGGAUGUGGUGACGUUGUCUAUCCCGCUCAGCUCUGACGGCUGCACCACUCCUGAGCUCCUCUCGCCGCACCGCGCCGGCAUGCCGCCGCUGUGCGGCUCGCGAUCAAGCGAUAGCCUCUGCUCGCCUGAACGCGCCUUUCGCCCGCUUGCCAAGCGCUACCGCGAUCUGCGCCGCAAGGAGACUGGCAGCGAUAUCUUUUCCAGCGAUGACUCGGCACGCAACUUCCGGCUGCGCUCCAACUCGAUUGCGCAGGUCGACGUUCUUGUCCGCAUGCGGAACAGUUCCGUCUCGGUCUCUGACUCUCCGCUCACCAUCUCUACCAUUCUUGCUGACAACGACGGCCAGGUCUCAGACGUCUCGGACAUAUCAUUGCAAAGCGACUCGGACAACACAUCGUCGGCGUCCUCCUCCUCCUCGUCGUCGUCGUCAUCGUCCCCCUCGUCUCCCCGGGAACGUCCGCCUCCGGCCUCGCGGCCGCCUAUGCCAACCGCUGACGCCGACUCGGACUCGGACUCAUCCUCGCUCGACGAGUUUACCUUUGGCGGAUGA